AUGGAAUUCACCGAUCAGAACAAAGGCUCGAAAAAGUAUAUUUCAAAAAUACCUGUGCCAAAGAAAAGUUUAAAAAAGGACUCACGGCAGCCAUUGAAAACAUUAUUGGAUUUAGAUUCAAACGUCUCAAUAAAUAUACAAAAUUCAAUCAAUGAAAAGAGGAAAGGGUUACGAAAAUCAAAUAGUUUUUCCAUAGCUGAUACGAGAUUUGUAACAGUGAGACACCGUGAAGAUGUUAAUCGGGGCUUCAGUGUUUUUAACGAUAACGAUAAUAAAGAAAAUGCCACAAAUAAAAAGGAGUUGACUCCAUCAACGUUGCCAAGGAACAACCGUGUUAAGAAUAUAAAGAAAAGUUUGAAAAGACCACACAGUCGAGAACUGCAAGGUGUGGUAUCUGUCGCCAAGUCUCUAUCGUUUACCGAAGAAGUUCUUAUUCCAAAGCGCCUUCUAUAUAACUCAAAUGUAAACACUCAUAAAUUUUCCUGUGAUGCGACGUGUAAUCGUGUUUAUGGAAUGGAUAUAUUUACAUAUUUAUUAGAAAAAGAGGAAAAGACACCGUAUCCGACUUUUUUGAUUGUGAUAAAAAACCGGGCGUUCGCAUUGAAUUGGCUUGUAGAUAUAAACAGUACUGGUGACCCAGCCGUCAUCCAAACAGCAGCGUGGUACUUCGAUACAGUGUUGUCACUACGCAAGCUAAAAGACAAUGACCUGCCUGUCGCAAUAACUGCAUGUUUCUGGAUAUCAAGAAAGGUCCAUGGUAAGGUGUGCACAGCACGCGCGCUUGUCGAGAGGUCUGGUGGCGUUUUUGAUGCCGAACAUCUAUGUACCGUUGAAAAAAGGAUUUUGCGCCUGCUGAACAUUCCACGUCAGCCCGUUGUUCCUCAAGAAUUUAUAACAUAUUUAGCUUGGUGGUGUAACAAUAAGCACCCAGAGGAGAUUUUGUUGUCUGCCUCAUUCAUAUGUCUUUGCGCAAUGACUCUAAAUUUGGAUAUGUGCAAUGAGUACCCUUCAGUUAUCGCUGCAGCGGCCAUCAGAACUGCAUUAUUACUACUAAAGCAACAACAUUUGUCCGAGAAACUUCGAGGAUCUUUUGUGUACCAAGCUGCUAUAAUGAAAGACGACAAUAUAAUAGAAGUCUGUAUUGCACAAAUCGAAACCCUGAAAAUGUUAUUUACUGAUGAUUUUGAGUUUACCGCAACCAAAAAACUAUUUAAGAACGAUUUAAGUAUUUUAGAGAGAUUGAAGAAUGAAUUGAAUUAUUUGUAUCAUACAGGGGUUUUACAAGCUUUAUUUGUGUUUGUCGCAAGUCAGACAGCCAACGACUGGUCGAACAAUCGGCAGAAUGAACAGUAUUUUUAUUCCGUCCCAAAUAACCGUAUGAAUGAUAACGGUAUUUACUACCCUACUGAACAAGUUCAGAGAUAUAACUACAAUGAUUUGCAAAGUCAGGAUGGAUUUUCGGGGCUGCAGUCACGAUUUUCGAAACCAAAUGUUCUUCAAAAUGUGGAGCCGCAGAAAGAACUACUUAGCAAUGUCAGCCACGGAGUUACAAAUUUAGGUGUCAAUUUGUUGAGGAGUGCAGUACAAUUGCAAUCUGGAAACAUUAUGAUGUCUCCAACAUCGAUAGCGACGCUUUUGGCUCUGCUGCAGCAAGGAACCAAUGGCGGAGCGCAACAGCAGAUCACAAAUGCAUUAGGCAUGGCGCCAGAGAUAACAGCACCUAUAUAUCGACGUCUCACCAUUGAUAUGAGGAAACGGAAUUCUCGAAACGUACUCAACGUAGCAAAUAAUGUUGUUGUAUCCGAUUCCUUUGACAUGGAUCCCGCCUUUAAAAGCACAGCAAUUCGUAAUUUUGGCAGCGAAGUCACUCCAAUGAACUUCGCUCGAGCCGAUGAUGCUGCGAAUAGGAUAAACAAAUGGAUUGCGGAUAAUACUAAUCAAAAAAUUACUGAUAUGCUCUCACCAGAAAUUUUCAAUCCAACCACUCAACUUGUACUUGUAAACGUAGUUUACUUCAAGGGGCUUUGGGAGACAAAAUUCAAGCCAGAAGCCACGCAGCCUCGAAAAUUUUAUUUGAAAAAUCGCCAAACUGUGACAGUACCAUUUAUGCGGAUGCGGCAGUCUUUCAAAUUUGGCGCCGAUGACAGAAUUGACUCUCUCGUAGUUAUUUUACCUUUUGAAAGGUAUCAAUAUUCUUUAGUUCUCAUAAUGCCCAAUGAAGGCGUCACUACUGAAGAAUUAUUGUCUAAAGUCACAGACGAUGACAUCAUUAAUUACCAUGAACUACAACCUGUGGAAAUUAAUAUUGAGAUUCCGAAAUUUACAAUGAAAUCUGAUACCAACCUGCGGCCAGUUUUGAAAAAUAUGGGUGUAAACAACAUAUUCGAUUCCCAAUCAGAAUUAGCCGGUAUCGGGGUAUACCGUACCUACCCGCCACACAUUUCUGAUGCUCUACAUUCUGGAUACCUAUCCAUCGAUGAGCAAGGGGUCACAGCAGCUGCAGCAUCAGCAUUCGCAGCAGUUGCGCUAUCUUUUGAGGAUCCACUACCACAUUUUAAAGCCAAUAGGCCGUUCAUUGCCAUCCUUUGGGAUACACAGUUCACAAUACCUUUGUUUAUGGCUAGAGUUGAUGAUCCAUCCGUUUUGAGAUGA